GCUCCCGCCGCCGCCCAGCCCCGGCCCCGCAGCCCCGCGGCCCGGCCGCGCCCAGCCCGGCGAGGACAGCGCACGAGGCGGCCCGAGCGCGGCCACAAAGACCCCCGGCGGCGUCUCUCCGCGGACCGGUUCAGCUCUAACCGCAGUCAUGUCCUUCGGCAGAGACAUGGAGCUGGAGCAUUUUGACGAGCGAGACAAGGCCCAGAGGUACAGCCGAGGGUCGCGGGUGAACGGGCUGCCCAGCCCCACGCACAGCGCCCACUGCAGCUUCUACCGCACCCGCACACUGCAGACCCUCAGCUCCGAGAAGAAGGCCAAGAAAGUGCGUUUCUAUCGAAACGGAGAUCGCUACUUCAAAGGGAUUGUGUAUGCCAUCUCCCCAGACCGGUUCCGAUCUUUUGAGGCCCUGCUGGCUGAUUUGACCCGAACUCUGUCGGAUAACGUGAAUUUGCCCCAGGGAGUGAGAACAAUCUACACCAUUGAUGGGCUCAAGAAGAUUUCCAGCCUGGACCAGCUGCUGGAAGGAGAGAGUUAUGUGUGUGGCUCAAUCGAACCCUUCAAGAAGCUGGAAUACACCAAGAACGUGAACCCCAACUGGUCGGUGAAUGUCAAGACCACCUCGGCUUCACGGGCGGUGUCCUCUCUGGCCACUGCCAAAGGAAGCCCUUCGGAGGUACGGGAGAAUAAGGAUUUCAUUCGGCCCAAGCUGGUCACCAUCAUCAGAAGUGGGGUGAAGCCACGGAAAGCCGUCCGGAUUCUCCUCAACAAGAAGACCGCUCACUCCUUUGAGCAGGUUCUUACCGACAUCACUGACGCCAUCAAGCUGGACUCGGGAGUCGUGAAACGUCUCUACACCCUGGAUGGGAAGCAGGUGAUGUGCCUUCAGGACUUUUUUGGUGACGAUGACAUUUUUAUUGCAUGUGGACCGGAGAAGUUCCGUUACCAGGAUGAUUUCUUGCUAGAUGAAAGUGAAUGUCGAGUGGUGAAGUCCACUUCCUACACCAAAAUAGCUUCAUCAUCCCGCAGGAGCACCACCAAGAGCCCAGGGCCUUCCCGGCGCAGCAAAUCUCCGGCAUCCACCAGCUCAGUUAAUGGAACCCCGGGUAGUCAGCUCUCUACUCCGCGCUCGGGCAAGUCUCCCAGCCCAUCACCCACCAGCCCUGGAAGCCUGCGGAAGCAGAGGAGCUCUCAGCAUGGCGGCUCCUCCACUUCACUUGCAUCCACCAAAGUCUGCAGCUCAAUGGACGAGAACGACGGACCCGGAGAAGGUGAAGUGUCGGAGGAAGGCUUCCAGAUUCCAGCCACAAUAACAGAACGAUAUAAAGUCGGAAGGACAAUAGGAGAUGGAAAUUUUGCUGUUGUCAAGGAAUGUGUAGAAAGGUCGACUGCUAGGGAGUAUGCUCUGAAAAUUAUCAAGAAAAGCAAGUGUCGAGGCAAAGAACACAUGAUCCAGAAUGAGGUGUCUAUCUUGAGAAGAGUGAAGCACCCCAAUAUUGUUCUUCUGAUCGAAGAAAUGGAUGUGCCAACUGAGCUGUAUCUUGUCAUGGAAUUAGUAAAGGGAGGAGACCUCUUCGAUGCCAUCACCUCCACUAACAAAUACACUGAGCGAGAUGCCAGUGGGAUGCUGUACAACCUGGCCAGCGCCAUCAAAUACCUGCACAGCCUCAACAUCGUCCACCGUGACAUCAAACCAGAGAAUCUGCUGGUGUAUGAACACCAAGAUGGCAGCAAAUCACUAAAGCUGGGUGACUUUGGACUGGCCACCAUUGUAGAUGGCCCCCUGUACACCGUGUGUGGUACCCCGACAUACGUGGCUCCCGAAAUCAUUGCAGAGACUGGAUAUGGCCUCAAGGUGGACAUCUGGGCGGCUGGCGUCAUUACUUACAUCCUGCUGUGUGGUUUCCCUCCGUUCCGUGGAAGCGGUGAUGACCAGGAGGUGCUUUUUGAUCAGAUUUUGAUGGGGCAAGUGGACUUCCCUUCUCCAUACUGGGAUAACGUUUCCGACUCUGCAAAGGAGCUCAUUACUAUGAUGCUGUUGGUGGAUGUCGAUCAGCGAUUUUCUGCUGUGCAGGUCCUUGAACAUCCCUGGGUUAACGACGACGGCCUCCCAGAAAAUGAACAUCAGCUGUCAGUAGCGGGAAAGAUAAAGAAGCAUUUCAACACAGGCCCCAAACCGAAUAGCACAGCAGCUGGAGUUUCUGUCAUAGCACUGGACCACGGGUUUACCAUCAAGAGAUCAGGGUCUUUGGACUACUACCAACAACCAGGAAUGUAUUGGAUAAGACCACCGCUCUUGAUAAGGAGAGGCAGGUUUUCCGACGAAGACGCAACCCGGAUGUGAGGAGCCGGUACAAGGCCCAGCCAGCUCCGCCGGAACUCAACUCGGAGUCGGAAGACUACUCGCCGAGCUCCUCCGAGACUGUUCGCUCCCCAAACUCGCCCUUUUAAUAAGACCCUUUUACUCGAAGUCCUAGCUUAACCCUUUGAGACUCUGAGGUUUGUUUCCCCCCAUCCCCAAAUUUAUGUCAAACAGUUUCAUCUGAUCUACCUAGCACUCAAUGCUUGAAUGGCCGAGCAGAACAGUGUGUUUUUCUGGUAUCCUUGUAGCGAUUUCCUUUUAGCUGAAUGAGACUGUGACAUGUUGGUGAAGAUGACAACUUGCUGCUAAUUGGGUCCUCAAAGGGUUAAGGCUAUUUUGCGACUUUUAAAAUGUAUAAGCAAUGAAUGUUUUCAUCAGUGGAGCUAGGCUCUGCAGUAUGUAACAUAGCACGUGUUAACCCUCUGAGUGCAUGGGAUUUUAUGGAGAAUGCUUGAGGGAAUCUUUCAGGCCUCUGGAUUUAUAUGCACAUGUUUCUUGAUUUUGCUAAAGAUUAAGGGGUUAUUAGAUGCUGAGAUGUCCAGACAGGAAGAGCGUCUAGCAUGCUGUCUUGCUUGUCCUUUUUUUGUGGGUUUAGAACAUGGCAGGUUUAUAACAUAAGCAUCAGCAUCCCUUUCCUCUUCACAACCCUAUUAAGAAAGGGGCUUUUUUAAAGAAAGAGGUCUAACUGCCAGCUGCCCUGAGUCCUGCAUCCCAAGUGAAGGGACCUGGGUCUGUGGCCAACAGCCUGACCCAGGAUAUAGACGGUGGACCCCCUCCCCCAAAUCACCUCCAUAUGAAGACGUGCUGAUGAUGCCCCGGAAAUGCUGCUUCCAUCUCAGCUGCUGCUACUGCCAGUGCAGACCCUCAGGAAGUCACCAUAGCUUGCCCUGUACAUGGUGAGUCAGGGUCUGCCUGCUCAGUAUGAAACAUCUACAGGAAAAAAAUAAACAAACUGGUGGAAAAGCAAUAAAUUGCCAGGUGCUCUACAGGGCUGGAAUGUCAAACAGGAAGAGGCAACAAGACCCUGUUCUUUGUCUUAUCUGCUUUUUUCACACAGUUCAGUCUUCAUUGUGAGAUCCACACAGAGUAUGAAGUCUAUACACAGAAUAUGAAUCCAUACACAGGAGGAGCGCCCGGGACUAGGCGCCCAGAGGCAAGUGCUUUGCAAGGUGGCCAAGGAGAAAGCAGAGUGGACCAGCAGUCUAGAAUAGUCUCAAAAUGCUUUUUAAUGAAAUAAACCAUCAGUGAGAUGAUUCCACGUGCACCUUUAGGUUACUUACAUAUAGUCUCAGGGAGAACAGGAUGGGAGAGCUAGAGGGUAUCCCUGAGGAUAAAACCUCUGCUCCCUAGGAUGACCUUUAUAUAGCACUGUCUUUAGCUGUCCAGAGAGAGAUGCUAUUUUCUUUCUUUGGUCCAAGUCCUGUCCAACAGCUGUAGUUCACUCCUGUUUCCAAAUCUUUCUCCCUAGCCCUGCGUCUUCCCUCGAGUGUGUUAUGCUUGGAAUGGGGGCCUGCAGCAGCCUGCGGUCACUGCUUAGGUGCUUAGGGAAGAGGCUGGCCGGGGUGUUUGGCAAGGCGAGGUUUGUCCCAACUGAAAUGUCCUCCUAAGGUUUGCUUCACUCCCUGGCCCAGAAGACAACCAUGAUGGCUCAUGAAAUUUGCAUCUAGAUGGCUGGAUAGUACUCACUGUCUCUGCUCUGAGGUGUACUUCGACACCUGAAAGUCUUGAAAUGUGUGUGCGGCACUUCCACAGUCAGUUCAGACACAGAUCGGUCUUCAGUGACCGCCUUUUACUCUUCAGCUGAUAAAUGUAUGGUCUCUAUUACUAUCGAUUUAAAAAUCACAGCAUGCCGUGACUUCUGCACCAUGGUCCCCACCCCCCCCCUCGCCGCCCCCCAAGUUUUUGACUCUUUCACGUUUAGGUUUAUCUCUUCUGUGUUGUCUUUUCAUGUAAAUAUUAGGUCAUUUACUGAGAGCACCCCCACCUGUUUUUUAAGAGAGUCCUGAAAUCUCACACACAACAUCACAAAGUAGCACGAAUCAGUUGGGUUUUCUGGCGAAGAGGGGGCGGGCAGGACACCAGGAAGGUAUGGUGUGUAGGCAGAUUCCAAACAGAAAAGUGCUCAGAACUGGUCAGAAAUCACUGCUUUCUCUAGAACGCUAAAGCAAAGCACUAUUCAAAGUAAGACGAAGGAGCAGCUUCCUAGAUUGGCCUCAGUUAGAAACGUGUGAAUAUGAAGAAAGCCUGUGUGCGGAGACCUACCUGCAGUAAGACUGUGGUUUUCCUUGGGCCUCCCUGGUAGCUCAGUUGGUAAAGAAUCUGCCUGCAGUGCAGGAGACCCCAGUUCUAUUCCUGGGUCAGGAAGAUCCCCUGGAGAAGGAAUAGGCUACCCACUCCAGUGUUCUUGGGCUUCCCUUGUGGCUCAGCUGGGAAAAAAAUCCGCCUGUAAUGCGGGAGACCUGGACUUGAUCCCUGGGUUGGGAAGAUCCCCCGGAGAAGGGAAAGGCUACCCACUCCAGUAUUCUGGCCUGGAGAAGUCCAUGGACUGUAUAGUCCAUGGGGUCACAAAGAGCUGGACACGACUGAGCAACUUUCACUUUACUUCCCUUUCUUUCUCUGAAUUACUGCUUUUCCCGUGGGCAUUGCGUGUAUGAUGCCAGCAUCUAGCGCACAGACCUUACAGUGCAUGGCUCAGGCCUUUUCCACCCAAGUCUUGAAGGACUGUGGACUGUGUAAAGCUGUGGCGUGUUUCCCACGACACUGCAGAGGGGCCGCUCGGAAGAAUGCAGGGCCGUUCAGCAUGGGGAUCCCAGCGCAUCGCUGCAGAAUUUGAAUGAUCUAUGCUGAAUAAAUAGUGGAAUGCGACCUGUCAAGUAGAAAUAUUGAGUAAUCAGAUGGAAUGCAAUCUUUUCAGCAACAAGCUAUCGAGAUCCUGAAUGUCAGAAAUGUACUCAGAGGGUUAACAGACAAGCACAAGGCAUGCUGAUUACGUGGGUGUACCCAGACUGCUUUUGCUUCUUAGCCAGUGCUAAUUUUUUUCACGACAUUCUUGGGAUAGUUCAAGUUUGAAAUAAUUAAGUGGUGGUGUUCUUUAAGGAAUUUCUAUAACCAAAUUGAUCUUAUUUUUUAUUUCACUUUAUUAGAGAAUAAAUAUGUACCAUUAUGGCAGUGUAUCUCUGUACUUAUCAAUUUACUCAUUGCCACAAGUGUCCCCAUAUUUUUCUUUUCUAUGUAUUUAAUAUAGCUUUUAUGGUGGUGGCCUGGUGAUGGGGACUGUCUUUCCUCUAUUGAUUACAUGACCAACCAUAUGGUAUUUUCAAGGGGAAUUUUAAGAUUCAUUUUGUUUCAGUUUUGGUAGUAGACUAGUUAAGGAAAAACUCUUUCAUUACUUGCAUCAUGUAAACCAUCUCUGUAGAUGAGAACCGUUCAUAUUGAUGAACACAUUUUUUUUUUCUCAGCACUGUAGCAGAAACCGUUUAUUCUCAUCAUCAAUGCAUAUGUGAUUUGCUCCAUAUCGUUAGAAGGAAAAGUAAGAUUUUGGUCAUUGAAAAUGUUUUUUCUGUAGCCCUCAUCUGAUUUUACACGUGGUGCAUACUAAAAUAAGCAGAGAAAAAAAUGCAAAUAAAAUACUGAAAAUGCUUGGUGUUCUGUAUUCAGUGAGACCUUCCUAGAACCUGCUCAGCACCCCCAUGGGUGGUGCUCAACAGGCCCGUCAGAUAUUGUUGAAAGAAAGCAAUAUAUCCACAAAUGAAAGCUAAAAUUGCAAUCCUUUACCCUUUGAGGCAUAUUUCAGUUGGAAAAAAGAAAAGAAAAGAAAAAUUGGCUUAGCUGAGAGGGUCACGGAGCUACCGUGUGGCCAAGGCUCACGCACAUUAAAUCAUGGUUGUCUGCUGGCUAGUGGUGCCCAUUACACAACUCUGUCCCCGUGCUGAAGGGCAAUUGCGCUUGAGGGAGAGCUUUCUUCAUAUUAUUGUGUUGCCCGAUAGCCCUUCUUUGGGUCAGGGUCUGUCAGCAUUUCCAUGAUAAACUUCUGAUUUCAAAGGUUUUUAAUUUGAUCAUAAAAAGGUGCCCCAGGCUGAAGUUUGCUAUAGAGGGCCUGUUCCAAAGAAUGAAGGUUCACUGCCUUCUUUUCUCUGCCCAAUUCUGCAGAGAAAAGAAUAACCAAAAAGAAAAAAAGAAAAUCUGGUAUGUCUCCCCUCUUUCCUUGUAAUUUCAGAAUUGUGGAAAGCACCAAGAUCCAAGAUGGUAGUUUAAUAUAAUUACUCAUUUGGGUGUGGGUUAAAAAAAAUUAAUGAUUCACUUGGCAUAUAUUGUAGAUAACAUAUCUUUUCUAUAAUUUGUAAAUCAUUAAUUUUUUAAACUGCUACAUGAUUUGGGAGGGGUGGGGGUGGGGAUCCAAUCAAAGAUUUUUUUAAAACUUGAAGUUGGUCAGUUCAAGGGUUAGCCUUUCCUGUGUGUUGUCUGCCAUUUCCAUUAGGAGUUUGGGGAAAAAAUACUCUCAGACAGACCCUUAUUUUGCAUGCAGUGAUAGAGGGUCAGAUAUGUGCUUCUUUGGGAGAUACGGAUUUCUUUAAUCAAGUUUCAUGAAGCCAUUCUAGUCUGUUGGGGAAAAUAGUGAUUAAAAGCACUUCCAAAAUUAACCUUUUUGUCAAUUCAGAUAUGAUAAGGCUUGCAUCAAUGGACACACUUCACACAUUUUUUGGUUUUAAGACAAAAACAAAAUCAACGAAACUUGAGAACACAUUUGAUCACUGCAAAUGUGCUUUAAAAAUUGGCUCAAUGGUGCUUAUACAUGAAACAGUAACAAAUGGGGUCCCUAGGACUGUCAGAAGGAAUCUUUCAUUUGUAUGUAAUUACAUACUUGAGGAGGAGGUGCUUUUAAGGCAGUCUUUCAUUUUUUAAUCAUCUCAAAUAUGCAACCAUCCGUCCAGUAACAUUAAGGGUCAUAAACCGGUGGGAAACAGGAAAUUCAGUGUAGAAGCUUAGGAUGCCUCUGGGUGAGGUGGUCUUUACUUCCCCCUUCGGUUUUUGUGUGUGUGUUGCUGUUGUUGUCGUUCAUGGGCUUCAAUGCUGAAGCUAUGCGAUCAUUUUUCAGUGAGCGAGCUUCUAACUGGCAGGUGUUUUGAUCACGGGGUUUGCAAUCUCUUGCCCUUGGAGACACGUGAGGGCCCUAGUUUCAUUCUUUUUCAUAAAGGAAGUGCAAUCUCUGUAAUUAAACCCUACCUGUAAAUUUCCUCAACAUUCUCUUUUGGUCCACUGACAUGAGACCCUUAAUGUUGCUUCAGUGUAAAAUUGUAUAUUUUUGUCUGUGAUAUACUUUAUUAACUUAAAUAAUAGUUCUAAAAGCCUUCACUGUUGGUAUUAAGAGAAAGUAGGGUUUUAAAAGUGAUGAUAAAGAUGCUAUAAUGUCAAUUCAUUCCAGUCCAAUUGAAUGCGGUAAGAAAAAGACCUUGAAUAGUUCUCUAGGGACAAUUUCUCACUGGCCAUUGACAUUAAUCUUUGAUGUAUUCUUAGAAAAAAAUUUUAAAAAAUUGAAACUGGUCCAAGGUUAGAGUCAUAUCCUCGAUAACUAUUUUUUUUAAUUUUAUUAGGAAAUUAAUAAUAGUCUUUUUCAUUCUGGGUGAAAGAAAAUUAUUAAAAGAUUAGUUGAGUGUGAAAUUAAAUAGCAUUUUGCUCAUGCAUACUGAAAAGGUGGGCUCGGAACCUGAUGCAUUUAAACAAGUUUCUGAAAGGUUUCAAUUUGGUGCAAGAAAAAAAAUACAAUGUUUCCUUUGAAAAUACUGAAUUUAUCAAUUGCUGCAUGGAUCAGAUGGCACAGGUUAAUCUUUGAUUUUCAGAAUCUUAAUGAAGUAACUAUCAAACGAUUUGUAUCCAUGAUUAAAGCUGGAAUGAGAUCUGAUUUUUUUCCUAAUCUCUCAGUUUAAGCUAAUAAAUGUAGGUUAAUGUGGAUGAAAUCAUCUGUGAUAUAUUAUGUUCAUUUAUCAACUGAGCUUUUUUGAUGUUGCCUGUUUUUAUGUAAAACAUGUUCUUAAAGGUUAAUAAAAGAAUAGUACUUGGUGUAUGAA